AUGGCAUCACUUGAACAAGCCAAACCCGUCCACCUGAUCUUGGACUUCGAUGGCACCCUUACGAAGAAGGACACGAUGCACAUAGUGGCGGAAGCGGGUUACUCACGACAGAGGAAACUGCAUCGUAUGCCACCACCUCAACCAUGGAACGAGAUUGUGGAGGCCUAUAUGGCUGACUUUCAGAAACACUCUGAUUCCUACACACCGAAAGUAUCAGAGAGGACUUCAAUAGCUCAAGAAGUGGCUUGGCUUAAUAGUCUCGAACUUAUCGAGAAGGCUUCAAUUGCACGGGCUCUCCAAGCAGGAAUAUUCGAAGACGUGAGAUGUUCCGAUAUAUCGAAGGUGGUACAAGCAGCUCUCAAGGAAGAUCGGGUUCAGCUACGGAAUGGCUGGAGAGAACUAUGCUCAUCCGUCUGGCACCGUAAUAGGCAAUGCCGUUCAACUGGAGGCUCGUUGAGUGUACUAAGCGUCAACUGGAGUACAUCGUUCAUUCAGCAAGUCCUCGAUGUCAGUAUGCAGGCGACAAGCCCUGAGCAAGGAGCCCACGAUUCUACAUGGCUCUCAAACCUGAGGAUCUACGCAAAUGAGCUUCCGAGCAUUGUCCAGGAAACGACAGAUACCCGGAGCGAGAAAAUAGAACAUCAGGAGAUCAGAACAAGUGGUGACAAGGUCAAAGUCCUUAGGGACAUAGCCUCGAGGUCGAAGGAUCAUCAAGGUCUUUCGAAUGCCCUUGUGUUAUAUGUUGGUGACUCAUCUACGGAUCUCGAAUGCUUGCUGGCAGCAGAUAUCGGCAUCUGCAUUCGUGAUCAGCCUAUAGGUAGUGGACAAAAAGACCUCGCUAACGUCUGCAGCAGACUGGGUAUUGACGUCCAGUCAUUAGAUGCCCAGGUUGCACUACGAUCGAAGGACAAGGAAUAUCCUGUGCUGUUCUGUGCCAGAGAUUUCCCGGAGAUCAAAGACUGGUUUCUUGCGCAGAACUUGAUUGCAUUCGACAGCGACACCAACAGCACGGAGACUACAGGCUAA